AUGUUUGCCCCCAAGACCAUCAUCGCCGUUCUCGCCGUCAUGGCCGGCCUUGCCUCUGCUGCCCCUACCGCCACGCACAAGACCACCUUCGCUCUCGGUAACGGCAACCCUGCUUCAGGUGAAGGUGGCUGCGUCCUCGAGGUCGCUUCAGAGGUUGGAAUUGGCUGCGUAUCCAUUGUUGUCCUUGACGGCACAACAAACUGUGACAAGCUCUCCACCGAGAAGUCUGGCCCUGCCUGCAACGGUACCGCCACGGUUGACUUCUCUGCCUCUCCUGCCAAGGCUACCUUUGUUGAGGGUGACUUCACUGCUUCUUGCACUCUCAAUGGCACUACCUGCAGCACCUCUUCUUAA